ACACACGCCGUCUACACGCACACUCGCGCACGCAGACACACGCACACAAGCGCAGCCUCCUGCGGUAUCCCAUACGGCGCAGCGGCUUUUCCAGCGGCAUACCAAGUGCGUCCUCGCCGGGAGAUGGGAGAUGCGGCUCCCGGCUCUCAGAGCACUCAGAGCGGCUUAGUAGAGACCUGCUGAUCGGGGAUGCUUCUGGAAGUCUGAUGCUAUUUCAUUUUCACGUGCAGGAAUCGCCGUUUUACUGCACCUCUAUCGGGGAUUUAAAGUGGACAAGCCGUUUGAUCAGGAUAUAUUAUUAUUCUGAACAUUUCUCAUUUUGGGGGGAGUGAAAGGAGUUUGGAUUGCUGAGGACGUGCCUCUUAUCCGCAGUGUCGAUGCGGCUGUGACUGAUAUCUGCAUAGAUUACAGGUGCAUGAUGCCCUCCAUCUUGAAAGAGGUGUAAUCCUGACAGGCCAAGAGUACUGGACUGUGCCUCCGUCCCUCUCCUCACCAGUCCAACCAUCAGCACAGCCAUGACAUCCCUCACAAGGAUACGGACCUAUCUUUUUGUAUGCUGCUUCCUGUCCAGUUUGGUGCUUCCUGUAACAUCACAUACAGUGGUGCAAGCCCCACAAGCUCAUAGUGCUGGCUCCCAAGUGAUAACAGCGUUGCUCCCAGAGGAGGAGUACACAUCAUUUCAUGCUGAAAACCCUGAGUGGACAUUUAAUCAUUUAGCUGUGGACUAUCGCAAUGGCAAUGUUUAUUUGGGAGCGGUUAAUCGUAUAUACAAACUGUCUCCUGACUUGGAGGUCCAGAAGUUCCAUGUAACUGGUCCUGAAGAGGACAACCGCAAAUGCUACCCGCCACGUGUUGUUCAGGCCUGCAGUGAACCACUGACACUCACCAACAAUAUCAACAAGAUGCUUUUGAUGGACUAUAAGGAGAACCGGUUGCUUGCUUGUGGCAGUGUCUAUCAAGGCAUCUGCAAACUUCUCCGUUUAGAUGACCUCUUCAAACUUGGGGAACCCUUCCACAAGAAAGAGCACUACCUCUCUGGAGUAAAUGAGAGUGGUUCUGUGUUUGGUGUCAUUGUUUCUUAUGGCAAUGCUUCUCCAGACAUGCUGUUUGUAGCCACAGCAGUUGAUGGCAAGCCAGAGUACUUCCCUACCAUCUCUAGCCGAAAGCUGGCCAGAAACUCAGAGGAAGAUGGCAUGUUUGCCUAUGUCUUCCAUGAUGAGUUUGUGGCCUCUAUGAUUAAGAUCCCCUCAGACACCUUCACUAUAAUCCCAGAUUUUGACAUAUACUACAUUUAUGGCUUUGCCAGUGGAAACUUUGUCUACUUUCUGACUUUGCAACCGGAAAUGGGGGGUGGACCCACCAGUGGAUCCUCCUCUACUGGUCGGGAACAGGUGUACACUUCCAAGAUAGUCCGCCUCUGCAAGGCAGACACUGCAUUCAACUCCUACGUUGAGGUGCCUAUUGGAUGCAUUAGUGGCAAUGUGGAGUACCGAUUACUGGAGGCGGCCUACCUGUCAAAAGCUGGUGCUAUCCUGGCACGCUCACUUGAUGUGGCACCUGAUGAUGAUGUGCUUUUUGCCAUCUUUUCAAAAGGCCAGAAAAGACGUCCACGGCAGGGCUCUCAGGACUCUGCAUUGUGUGUUUUCUCUCUGCGAAAGAUCAAUGAGAAAAUCAAGGAGAGGCUGCAGUCCUGUUACAAGGGAGAGGGCACGCUGGACCUGGCCUGGCUGAAAGUCAAAGAUAUUCCAUGCAGCAGUGCGCUUUUGACCAUCGACGAUGACUUUUGUGGCCUCGACAUGAAUGCACCAUUGGGUGUGUCUGAGAUGGUGCGUGGCAAGCCUCUCUUUUCUGAUGCUGUUGACAAAAUGACCUCUGUCAUUGCGUACGUUUACAAGAACCACUCACUGGUCUUCGUGGGGACAAAAGGUGGACGAGUCAAGAAGAUCCGGGUAGAUGGCUCCUCGCGUGCUCUUCAGUAUGAGACUAUACAGGCUGUGAAGAAUGGACCCAUCCUGAGAGACAUGGCCUUCUCCUCUGACCACCACUACCUCUAUGUCAUGUCUGAGACCCAGCUGUCCAGGGUACCAGUGGAGGCCUGUGGUCAGUACACAACAUGCAGUGAAUGUCUUGGAUCAGGAGACCCCCACUGUGGCUGGUGUGUCCUGCACAACAUGUGUGCCAGAAAGGAGAAAUGUGAGCGCUCAUCAGAACCCCGGCGCUUUGCUUCAGACAUCAAGCAGUGUGUGCGUCUCAGUGUCCACCCAAGCAACAUAUCAGUGUCUCAGUUCAGCGUCACAUUGGUGCUGGAAGCGCAUAAUGUGCCAGAACUUUCCGCAGGUGUCAACUGUACCUUUGAGGACCUGGCUGAGAUGAAUGGCUUGGUGGAGGGAAACCGGAUCAAAUGCUCCUCCCCUGCUGAAAAGGAAAUGCCACGUAUUAUUGUUGACAAAGGUGACCACCAGAUAGUGCAACUCUAUCUCAAAUCCAAGGAGACAGGCUUGGCGUUUGCAAAUACCAGUUUUGUUUUCUACAACUGCAGCGUGCACAAGUCGUGUCUGUCAUGUGUGGACAGUCCUUACCAGUGCUACUGGUGUAAAUACAGACACGACUGCACCCAUGACCCUCGCACAUGUUCCUUCCAGGAGGGGCGAGUCAAGAAGAAUGAGGGGUGUCCUCAGUUGGAGCGUGCAAAAGAGAUACUGGUGCCAGUCAAUGUGGUGAAGCCUAUCACCCUGGAGGCUAAGAACCUCCCCCAGCCCCAGUCUGGACAGCGAGGGUAUGAGUGUUUGCUAACCAUCCAAGGAAAUGAGCACAGAGUUCCUGCCCUUCGCUUCAACAGCUCUUCAUUGCAGUGUCAAAACACAUCGUAUUUCUAUGAUGGGAUGGAGAUGAGUAGUCUUCACGUGGAGCUGACCGUCAUCUGGAAUGGAGAUUUCACCAUUGACAACCCCUACCAGAACAAAGUCACUCUUUACAAGUGUGAUGCUCAGCGUGGAAGCUGUGGUUUGUGUUUGAAGGCCCAAUCAAAGUAUGGCUGUGUUUGGUGCAAAGGAGAGAACCGCUGCACCCUCAAGCAACACUGCCCCCACCCUGAGAACCAGUGGCUAGAGCACAACGGUAUCAACAGCAUGUGCACCAAUCCACGAAUCACACAGAUCACCCCUCUCCGGGGUCCCAGGGAGGGUGGCACACGUGUUACUAUCCGGGGUGAAAACCUGGGACUGGACUUCAGAGAGAUUCAGGAUAACGUGAAGGUGGCUGGAGUGGAGUGCACCCCCAUACGUGAUGAAUACAUCCCUGCUGAACAGAUUGUGUGUGAGAUGGGUAAAGCAGAGGAGAGCCAAUAUGCUUGGAAUGUGCAAGUCUGUGUUGGGGUUGGACCAUGCAGACCUGAUUAUAUUGCAAAAUCCUCGCGGUAUUAUUACUUUGUGGUUCCACGAAUCAUCAGCCUCAAACCGAGCCGAGGACCCGUCUCUGGGGGGACAAUUGUCAACAUCACCGGUACCCACUUUGAUGCUGGGAGCCAUGUGUCAGUCAUGUUCAAGGACCAGCCUUGCACUUAUCUGAGGAGGGGCGGCCAGUGGCUAACCUGCCGAACCCAUGCUUCCCUGCACGGCUGUGGAAACGUGUCUGUGUCUGUGAGCAUAGAUAAGGCCCAACUUCAGAAAGACCUACAGUUUGAAUAUGUGGAGGAUCCCACCAUCACCAAGAUAGAGCCAGAGUGGAGCAUAUACAGUGGACAUACGCCAGUGACAGUGACAGGAACUAACCUGGACAUCAUUCAGACCCCACUCAUCAGAGCCAAAUACAACGGCCAUGAAACACUUAAUUUAUGUGAGGUGCUAAGCCCCACAUCCAUGGUGUGCCAGGCUCCAGAGCUGCCCAUCAGCUUAGCGAGGCAUCAAGAAGUCCCUGAAAGACCAGAUGAGUUUGGAUUUAAAUUGGAUGACGUGCAGUCUCUGAUGGCACUCAACAGCACCAACUUUAUCUACUACCCAAACCCAGAAUUUGAACCAAUUAGUGUCUCUGGAGUCUUGGAACUUAAACCUGCAUCACCCAUUAUCCUAAAAGGGCGAAACUUUGUUCCACCAACUAACAGUGGGAAUGGAAAGCUGAACUAUACAGUUCUGAUUGGUGAGAAGCCCUGCACGUUAACAGUGUCAGAUACCCAGCUUGUCUGUGAUUCACCCAACGUGACUGGUCGACACAAGGUUUUGGCACGUGUUGGCGGUAUUGAGUUUUCCCCAGGUGUGGUCCACAUCACCUCCGACAGCCAACUUGGCAAAACGGCAAUCAUUGGCAUUGCUGCAGCCGGUGCCCUCCUCAUCCUUUUCAUUGUGGUGGUGCUCAUUGCCUAUACCCGCAAGUCUCGUGAGAGUGAUCUGACUCUAAAGAGACUGCAGAUGCAGAUGGAUAACCUUGAGUCUCGUGUAGCUCUAGAGUGCAAAGAAGCUUUUGCAGAGCUGCAGACAGACAUCCAUGAGCUGACCAGUGAUCUAGGUGGUGCGGGUAUACCCUUCCUGGACUACAGGACCUACACCAUGAGGGUCCUCUUCCCAGGCAUUGAGGAGCAUCCUGUACUGAGAGAUCUGGAGGUGAAGGGCUACCGCCAGGAGCAAGUGGAGAAAGGGCUGAAGCUCUUUGGCCAGCUCAUUAACAACAAAAUCUUCCUGCUGUGUUUUAUUCGCACUCUGGAGGCCCAGCGUGGUUUCUCCAUGAGGGACCGCGGCAAUGUGGCCUCACUGAUCAUGACAGUUCUGCAGAGCAAGUUGGAGUACGCUACUGAUGUCCUGAAGCACCUACUGUCUGACCUCAUAGACCGCAACCUUGAGAGCAAAAGCCACCUCAAACUGCUGCUUCGCAGGACUGAGUCUGUAGCAGAGAAAAUGCUGACCAACUGGUUUACGUUCCUCCUCUACAAGUUUCUGAAGGAGUGUGCAGGCGAGCCUCUUUUCUCGCUCUUCUGUGCCAUCAAGCAGCAGAUGGAGAAAGGCCCCAUUGACUCAAUCACAGGAGAGGCUCGCUACUCUCUCAGUGAAGACAAGCUCAUCAGACAACAGAUUGACUACAAGACACUGGUGGUGAACUGCAUACAUCCAGAGAACGAGAAAAGUCCAGAGAUCCAGGUUAAGGUUCUGAACUGUGACACCAUCAGCCAGGUGAAAGAGAAGAUACUGGAUGCAAUCUACAAGAACGUCCUACAUUCACAUCGCCUAAAAGCCUCAGAUAUGGACUUGGAGUGGCGUCAGGGUCGAGGACAGCGCACAAUCUUGCAGGAUGAGGACAUUACUACAAAGAUCGAAGGUGACUGGAAGAGACUAAACAUGUUGGCGCACUAUCAGGUCCCUGAUAAUGCAGUGAUGGCUCUGGUUCCCAAGCAAGUUACAGCCUACAACUCAGUAAACAACUCUACUGUCUCUCGAACGUCUGCAAGUAAAUAUGAGAACAUGAUAAAGUACACCGGAAGCCCAGACAGCCUGCGCUCUCGCACUCCCAUGAUCACUCCCGACCUCGAAAGUGGCGUGAAAGUUUGGCACUUGGUUAAGAACCAUGAGCACGGAGACCAGAAGGAAGGAGAUCGCGGCAGCAAAAUGGUCUCUGAAAUUUACCUGACACGACUUCUUGCCACCAAGGGUACGUUACAGAAGUUUGUGGAUGACCUGUUUGAGACCAUCUUCAGCACAGCCCAUCGAGGCAGCGCUCUGCCACUGGCCAUUAAAUACAUGUUUGACUUCCUGGAUGAGCAGGCCGACAAACACAACAUCCAUGACCCACAUGUGCGACACACAUGGAAGAGCAACUGCCUACCUCUGCGUUUCUGGGUGAAUGUGAUCAAGAACCCACAGUUUGUGUUUGACAUCCACAAGAGCAGUAUCACAGAUGCCUGCCUGUCUGUGGUGGCCCAGACCUUUAUGGACUCUUGCUCCACCUCAGAACACCGCCUUGGGAAAGACUCACCCUCCAACAAGCUGCUUUAUGCCAAGGACAUCCCCAGCUAUAAGAGCUGGGUGGAGAGGUACUACUCAGACAUUAGCAAGAUGCCAGUGAUCAGUGACCAGGACAUGAAUGCCUAUUUGGCAGAACAGUCACGGAUGCACAUGAAUGAGUUCAACACCAUGAGCUCCCUCAGUGAGAUCUACUCCUAUGUUGGAAAAUACACUGAGGAGAUUGUGUGUGCGCUGGAGCAGGACGAUUCAGCAAGGAAACAGAGGCUGGCCUUCAAGCUGGAGCAGGUGGUGGCCUUCAUGAGUCUGGAGAGCUGAGAACCGCACUUCCCAGGGUGCACUGGGAAGAGACCCCGUCAGAAACCGAGCUGUGCCUGAGCGAAGACCUGUCCCCAUCUUUUUCAUCAUGUGACUUCCUCCCUCCGCUUUUAAGAGAUGACUUCUUCCUGAAACCUUUUUCUGCUUCCUCUUCCUCCCUGAGAGAUAUUUUGGUUUCCUCAUCCACUCUGCUGCAUAGACUAGUUUGCCUGAAUAUUUGUAAGGGGUGGCUGGUGACUGAGGUUGGUGUCUCCCAUAGAGCAGUGUGGGGCAUCCUUCAGGUUCACCACAGGGGGAGCUUCUAGGGGUGAUUUUCUGAAAGCUGGCCAUAUUGGCACACUUCAGUCCCCUUGCUGGGAAAAAAAGAGGGGAAAAACAUUUUUAUGUUGCCUUCAAAAAUUUACACUGAUAGUGAUUCUUUGAAAACCAUGAUGUUUGGUCCAUUAGUUGAACUUUUCAAGAUAGGAUAGUUGAGAUAAAACCAUCUCUAGAGUUCAGUUUAUUGUAGGUCUAUAUUCAACAUAUGGAAUCAAGUGGAAGCAUCAAAAGUGAUGACUGCAAGCCAAAUGAACACCUCUGAAGAAAAUUAAUGCAAGGAUGGUUUGCCAAGUUUACACUGUACCUUCAAGCAAAGCAUACAUAUCCGUAAAAUCUGGGCUGAGUCCAGGCAAACCUAGAAUGUUCUUGUGUUCUUUCAAUGUAGCUGGAGUUGUAUUUAAGAAAAAGACUGAUGGGGAUAGGGAAGAAUUAUUACUCUUCUGAACUUUUCCUUUACUGAAAUAUGACAAAAAAUAAAACUACUGUUUAGUCUGUUGCAACAUUCACACAUUUUUACCUGCCCAGCACAAAUACAAGAAAAUGCUCAUGAUUUCUGCUUCCAUUUGGCUUAUGUGGCUACUGCAAAAUUAAGCUAUGAGAUGAAACCCUGGAGCCCUACCCAAGUUGGAUCCUCUACAAAAGCACACAAACAACUCUGGAAGACAGUGUUCAGACUAUUACAAAAACACCAGUUAGCUGUCUCUUCCAAUCUUGUCACUACUACAAUGGUCCUUUAAAGCACACACAUGCACAGAUACAAAAACAAUCAGCAAACAUCCUGACUGCCCAGAUAUCUACACCAAUCCUGGAAGAAGGGAAGAGCUGACUGAGAUGUACUGGGUAAGAAACUGCUGUAUCAAUAAAAACAGGAAUGAUUCAAUACAGUAUAGCCAGAGAUGGCUGACUGCUACCAAUAGGGGCUCUGUUGUUUGUGAUAGUAGCACCUCUUUCCCAGGAUGUUCUUAUUAAAAGACUUUUGUGUGGAGAAUAAAAAUGAGAUGGACUUAGCUGGUCAGCCAAAAACCAAAGGAGCUUGAAAUUUUCAAAAUGGUCAAAAUGUAUUUAUAAAGUGCCACUGAGGAACUGACAAAAAAAAAGGACUAUGUAUAUGACAACCACUUCUAAUACAAAAAUAUUGUGACUGGAACUUUAAGAAGCCUGUGUAAUUUUUCUGACCUCAGUGUGUCGAGGUGAGCGGCUCUGUGGGCGACGUGAUCUGAUCCUUCUUUCUUUCCAUCGUCCCGGGUCUCUCUGGCACUCGGCACACCAUUCACCCUUUUGUCCAGCUCCUGACAUACCAGUUUCUUAUCUGUUUUUGCACAAGCGUUGGAGAUGGUAGCUAGUUGCAUACGGCAAAACCCCAACUCUUGAGUGUGUAACUGUGGAGGCGCUCUUUUCUGUAUUAGUGUAGUUCUCCUCAGUGGCGGCAGGGGAUGGAAUUCUCCAAGCCUUGAAGAAAAAGGGAAGAAAAACAGGGAAAAAAAAAUCAGUUAAAGCAGAGCAACAAGAGAGCGUCACGGACAUUAACAUUAGUUAAGAUUUGUUGGACGUGAACCCUGAUCAUGGGAGUAAGCGACUGAAAGUGAUGAUGGAGGCGCCCUCCGUACCUUUUGACCUCUGCCCUUUCUUUUGCCUUGACAACGUGCCCCAUGUGGUGAUGUGAAUGUGUGAAGACCGCCCUAGGUCCACCUUGGGUCCUUUAUUGGCUUUUUAAGCGCAUGUAAAACGUAAACAAUUUAAGAAACUUAUUUAAAAAAAAAAAAAGAAAAAUAAGAAAAUUAAGCCUUGCAAUGAUGAUGUGGAUGUGUUCUUUUAUCUUUCUUUUGCUUGGAAGAAUCAAGAUGGAAAAGGAUUGUUCAAGUAAGAAAAACUAACUUUCGUUUAAGGUGGAACCUUUAUCCAGUUGAGCCCCUGCAGAAUCUCAUGCUCACAGUUUAGUGAAGUGGUAGAUGCUAAAUAAAACAGAUAUUGUAUACCUUUGCAUGUUGACCUAUUUGGAUGGUAUGAAAUGGAACUGCCUUGCUCAAAGAUGUUUAUAUACUACUUCAACUAUUAGGGACUUGGACACCAUUUACAUUCUCCAUUACAGGUUUGGUGGCAGCCAUGCCUUCACUGUGGCUUUAGUUUAGGUAGACAGAACAUACUACUGAAGUUUCCAUGUUUUUGCUGCUAUAAUAUUUUGUUUUAAAAGUUUAGACCCCCACCCCAACCAUCAGCGGAGCCCUGGACGAAGCUCUCAUCAAAUAAAAGAUAACUCCUUGUGGCUUCAUUUUACUAAAACAACAAUAUUGUGUUGCAGAAAAAAAAAACUUUCCAUUUUAGCUGCCAUAAACAAGCAUGUACACCUGGAGGCAACUACAUGUACUAGUGAUUUAUCCAGUUUAAUGUAGCAGGAGAGGCAUAUUAUACUUAUGUAUGAGACCGAGUUUGACUAGCGAGAUUUUUCUUUGCCCUUUUGUCACGUGUGCUAGAUAUCAGUCAUUGUCCAUCAAGAAAUUCAUGUCAGUUGUUGCAGCUUAAAGGGGCAUAUUUACAAAGCACUUAAUACAUUUUAUUUAAUGAAUCAUUUACACAAAUGUGUUUCUGGAAAGUGAUGGUAUUGGGUCUUUUUUUAUAUUUAAGAUACAACUGAAGCACAUAUAGACAAUAUCAGCAAAGAAUCUUUCCUCUGUGUAGCUAACAUAUACUGUGCCUAGGAUACCCAAAGUUAAUAACAAGCUGAAAGUCCUCAGCUGUCAUUGUGAAUCUGCCCCCCCAGUGCAACAUCCUGUCUUUCAUUACUCCCUUGCCCGUCCCUUCCCCUCCAACAAAGGUUGUCUGCUUGUAGCGACCUUGUGUUGCCAAGAGCACAGAUAAAGUUUCCACCUUCAAACGUUUUGUAGGAACUAAAACUGUCCUCCUAGCUCAGUGUUAUAGCAGGUGUUACACAAACAUGCUAGAAAAGACUUUUACUAGAUCAUAUUUGAAAGAUAAAGAGUAUGUUAUUGAGAGAUAAAACAAAACCUGGGGGAUAUAAGGCGAGCUUCUCUAACUUUGUUAUAAUUAAUUGUAUACCUGUGUAUGUAAAUAUAAUGCAUUCCUAUUUUGCAGUCAAGAACAAAAUACUAUUUGUAAUAUAGAAUAAACUUUAUUAUGAAACCAG